CUUGAAUGGUUAAUCACACUUCAGUAGCGAGAAAUUGCAAAAAAAAAUCCGAACAUAAACAAUUCUCUCCGUCAUCUUCUUCAAUCGUCAAUAGCUACCGCAUUUCUAUUUCCCCCCAAAUUACAUGACAUAGAACAAUUUCAUGGACAGACAAACCCUAGCUUCAUCUUCAUCUCCAUCUUCUUCAAUUUCUGAAGUUCCAUCCCCAGACGCUUGGAUCACUACUUACAAAACAUUGCUCCCACAAUGGAAUUCCUUCCCUCUCUCUCACCAGAUAAUUCCAAUUACCAUAUCCCGAGUAAAUCAAUUUGAUGCGGCAAGACUUGACGUUGAAAUGUCAGCCAUGUUGAAAGAGCAGUUGGUGAAAGUAUUCUCUUUGAUGAAGCCAGGGAUUUUAUUUCAAUAUGAACCGGAACUUGAUGCAUUCCUUGAGUUUCUUAUAUGGCGCUUCUCAAUAUGGGUUGAUAAGCCCACUCCAGGAAAUGCACUCAUGAACCUGAGAUAUCGGGAUGAACGUGUUAUGGAAGUGAGAGGAAAAGUGAGAACAGGAUUGGAGGGUCCUGGACUGACUGCUGCUCAAAAGAUGUGGUACUGCAUUGCUACAGUAGGGGGUCAGUAUAUCUGGACGCGGUUGCAGUCUUUUUCUGCUUUUCGUAGAUGGGGAGACUCUGAGCAAAGGACAUUGGGACAACGGGCAUGGCUUUUGUUGCAGCAUGUAGAAGGAUUCUAUAAGGCUGCAUCAUUUAGCAACCUGCUUUUAUUUCUCUUAACUGGAAAGUAUAGGAGUUUGAUCGAGAGAGCUCUCAGAGCCCGGCUUGUGUACGGAAGCCCUAACAUGAAUCGCUCUGUUAGCUUUGAAUACAUGAAUCGCCAGUUAGUGUGGAAUGAGUUCUCGGAGAUGUUAUUGUUGCUUCUUCCACUUCUAAACUCUCCAUUAUUGAAAAGCUUAUUUCGUCCAUUCUCCAAGGAUAAAGCUUCGGAAUCUGCUUCAAAUGAAAGUUCUUGCCCCAUCUGCCAAGGUAGCCCAAGCAUUCCAUUUAUCGCAUUACCUUGUAGACACAGAUACUGUUAUUACUGUCUUAGAACACGGUGUGCUGCAACUCCAUCUUUCAGAUGCGCAAGAUGCAGUCAGCCAGUCACAGCCAUGCAACGACUAGGUGGCUCCGUAGACGAGAAGUCUUCCAAAAAGUAAGUAACGGUUGCUUAAAGGAAUUCAUAUCAAACACAUUAUGAAAAUUGCAUUCCAGAAACCGGCACCCAACAUCUCCACAUAUAUAGAUUACACAAGGAGGCAAGUUUUUCUGCGGAUUCAAUCAAACCGUACACUGCUAUCUCAUUCUUUGGCAGCAUUUUCACAUCUUAUUCUUGAAUGCCUUAAUUGAAUUAUUCAUCUGCACUUGUAUGUACAAUAAUGUCUUUCAGAUAUUUUUGUCUGAUUUUAAAGUGGCAUUAAUACAUCCUUCAUUGCCCAAUUAUGUGAAAGGUCUUCAAUGUGGGGGCAGGGAGCUUAAGCUAAAGUUAGAGUUAGUAUAUUGUCUUUCCAUGUCUCACAAGCUGAUGUUUAACAGGCUAAUAUAAAACCGAAAUUAUGAUUGUUA